AUGCGAUCCCUUGUACUCCUUGCCAUCUCGGCUGCUUGCUACCUAUCUGUUUCUGCUACAAUGCAGAAUGUGACCGUCAAAGGUAUUGCUGUAUGCAAUAAGAAACGUAUGGGAAACGUUCAUGUCGAGCUAUACGACAAGGACACAUUGAACCCUAACGACCUUCUGGCUGAGACGCAUACCAACUCUGAUGGCGAAUUUGAACUAUACGGACAGGAAGACGAGGUCGGCACCAUUGAGCCUUUCAUUCGCCUCCAUCACCCUUGCAAGGCAAAGCCGGGGUGCCAACGCGUUGGUGACUACAUCGUACCAGCGGAUAAGAUCGGUGGAGUCUACGACAUGACCUACGUGACGCUUGAUAUCGCCGUACCAGACGAGUCGGAGAAAUGCUAA